AUGGCGGCGGCGGCUGCGGCGGCCUCGGCGGCGGCUUCGGCUGCUGGCGGCGGGUCGGUUAGCGGCGCGCGGGGCGCCGGGGCACGGGAGGGCGCGCGGGUGGCGGCGCUAUGCCUGUUGUGGUAUGCGCUGAGCGCGGGCGGGAACGUGGUGAACAAGAUCAUCCUGAGCGGCUUCCCCUUCCCGGUGACCGUGUCGCUCUGCCACAUCCUGGCGCUGUGCGCGGGGCUCCCGCCGCUGCUGCGGGCCUGGCGCAUCCCGCCCGCCCGCGGCCCGGGGCCCGGCUCUGGCCCCAGCUCGGCCGCGGGCGCCGACCCGCUGCCGCCCCGCUUCUACCCUCGCUACGUGCUCCCGCUGGCCUUCGGCAAAUACUUCGCCUCCGUGUCGGCUCAUUUCAGCAUCUGGAAGGUGCCCGUAUCCUACGCGCACACCGUGAAGGCAACCAUGCCAAUCUGGGUGGUGCUGCUGUCCCGGAUCAUCAUGAAGGAGAAGCAGAGCACCAAGGUAUAUUUAUCCUUGAUCCCCAUCAUCAGCGGUGUCUUGUUGGCCACAGUCACUGAGUUGUCCUUUGAUAUGUGGGGACUCAUCAGUGCUCUGGCAGCGACCCUCUGCUUUUCCCUUCAGAACAUAUUCUCCAAAAAGGUGCUGAGAGAUUCAAGGAUCCAUCAUCUUCGGUUGUUGAACAUACUUGGAUGUCACGCUGUCUUUUUUAUGAUCCCAACAUGGGUUUUGGUUGACCUUUCUUCUUUCCUAGUAGAGAAUGACCUGAAUUCGAUUUCCCAGUGGCCCUGGACUUUAAUGCUGCUAAUAGUCAGCGGAUUUUGUAACUUUGCGCAGAACGUCAUUGCUUUUAGUAUUCUUAAUUUGAUCAGCCCAUUGAGUUAUUCUGUUGCAAAUGCUACAAAAAGAAUCAUGGUUAUCACAGUAUCCCUCAUAAUGCUACGCAACCCAGUCACCAGCACUAAUGUUCUGGGCAUGAUGACAGCUAUCUUAGGGGUCUUCUUGUAUAAUAAGACCAAGUAUGAUGCAAAUCAGGAGGCCAAGAAGCAUCUUCUACCUGUGGUAGCUGGAGACCUCGGAAAUCCUGAUCAUCAUCGGAACACACCAGAGAAAUCUCAGAAUGGAAUUAUUUUCCCUCAGCAUGGGGACUAUCACUAUGGUCGAACCAGCAUCUUCACAAAUCACUUUCAGUACAACAGGCAAAACUAUCCAAACACAUACAGUUUAAAUCACUAUGAUGUAUAGAAUUUAGAAGACAGAUAAAGACUGUUAAGAGAUUAUUUUUUUCCCCAAACAGUAUCAGAAACUUCUGACACACCAGUGAAUUCAGAAUCAUAGAAUGUACUUCUCCCGCAGAUGGGAAGGUGCAUGAUUGUCAAUGAUACAAACGUUAUCUUCCGCUAAACACAUUCUUAUGCAUGGAGCACCUUUCAUAGGGAUCCUGGAGCAGGGAGUAUACCUGCAGUGCAGGAGUUUGGGGUUCUGGUGAAAGGCAAACUUUCAGACUCCAGGAGAGGGGGAUCUUUGCUGGCUAUGUUGUUUGGAGUUUGACACCGGAGGAUUGUGUUGAUAGGAAAAUUGUGGCCAGUAUUACUUUUCUGUGCUUAAUUUUCUGAAGCCAUGUGUUUCUAAGUUAACAUCUUUGCUUUCUGAAUGAAGUUACUUAAGAUCCUUUUUGAAAAAUGUAAAUUUCUAGGUAGAUUCUUCAUGGGUUAGCAUUCAGCUAUUUGUGGUAUCAUGGGCAAGGAUUGUACCUGAGUCUCUAGAAACCAAAGUUUGCGUUGCACUACUUGAACUUGUCUGGGUCACAACUACAAUAUGGGUGGUAAAGGGUUUGGUUGGUAGGAAUUGUGAUCUCAUUUUAAUGGUUUCUAUAGAUUGUCAAAAAGAAGGGAUUUUUAUUUAAUCAAAGAAGGGUCAGUGCUAAAAGAAUUUUAUUAGUGACUAUGACUAGUACUUCAAGUAUAAGCAAAAAGCCAAGUAGUUUCCCAGGGCAUUGUGACAAUCCAUUUGUGAUCUUCAACAAAUGUAAAAAAACAAACUGUAAAUCAAUAGACUGGGCUUUCAUCCUGUUUGCAUUCUGGGGAUGCAUCAUUUGUUUUCAUUGCUGGGCAUGUUCAGGCUGAUUCUUUGACCUGAAAUUCUGAAGUUGCACUGGCUUACAUCCAUAGAAGGAAGUUCAUCUCCUCUUCCAUUGCAGGAGAGAGCAGAAUACUUUCCUCUCCUUGGUGCAUCAAGUGGUAUCAGCAGCAAGGGAGUAUCAUUGCAAAUAUUCCCUGAUUAACAAAAGGCACAUAAGGAAAUAUUAAUUGGUGCUUUAAACAGCUCUUUCCCCAGGACUUGUACUCUGUCAUUCUCUUGAGGUUGAAUUGGGUGAAGAUUUGGUAGACAGAUGCUGCCAAAUGAAGUUUUGUUUUUAUGGGAAGGAUUUUGCACUUUGUACAGAUGAUUUUGUAAAUGUGUGUAUGUCUGUAUCCUGGGCCCUCUGACUCCUUUUUGAAUCUCAAGCCCUUUGCUUUCAAGUGUUUCAAAACAAUGGUCUAUUGGUAAUAGCAGACAUUUGCCUAAUACAUUUCUAUGUAAAGUAGGAACAAGUCACUUUGCAAUUUUGUGUCUGAGUACAGUAAUCAGGAAGAAUAGAAAGGAAUCAAGGAUGCUGUGCAAGUUUGUUUUGCUAUUUCCUAAUAGAAAUGGUUGAGCUGUGUUGAAUAUGUUUUUUAAUUGCAUUCAGAAUCAUGUCUCCCAUGUAGGAUGAAAGGUUAUUAGUUGAGCUUUGUUGUUUUCUUUAUAGAACACACAAAUGAACAAAACAUUUUGACCGUGAUUAAGAUGUUAGACUUUAGGUUCUGGGUAAUGAAAGUAACAGCAGAGCUCCAAUUUAAAGGAACUGGCUCUUCCAUGGAUUUGGUUCUGCCCUUUUCAGCUUCCUAAUAAUUAUUGCAUUUUGAAAAAGCCUGAUAGAACAUGAUUAGCCCAUAAGGUCAGUGUUAAUUCUGUCCCAUGCCACUAGCCUUCUAAAGGAGUUCAGCUCUAGGUGAUGAAUUCUUAGCUCAAACCUUGAGGUCUUAUGUGCUGGCUUCCUUGUGAAAUACUGGAUACCUCAGUGGAUCCUCACUGAUCUUAUUGACGUGUGAUACUGUAGAUUGGAGGUGUCAAAAACACCACCUGCAGGCUUUUGCAGCCGACAACACUUCUGAGUGUGCCUGAUCCAGAUUAAAAUGUAAUUGGGAAAUAAUUAACAAAAUAAAUAAGACAGAUAAUAGUACAUUUUAAAACUAUGUCAACCUGUGGCCCACAGGGAUCCUUUUGUAUGGAUUAGUCUCCCCGAUUCUGUUUCAGACACCCUGGCUGUAGGUGAUAACCCAUCUAGACCUUCCUGUCCUGUGCCAUUCUUGUCCAUGUCCUUUCAUAAAGGAUUUACCUAAUGUACUGAUGGCCUUCGUUUCUCUAGAAAUUGAGGUAUUUCAUAGAGACCAGGGCAGUGUUUGGGCUGUUCAUCUUUUAAUCCCCCUUUUUGGUACAUAGUGAGUUCCACUACCCUUUCUGCUCAUACAUGGGACAAAAUGAAGUCUUCUCUUUAGAGGGAGACACACACUGUGGCAACUGUUGGCUCAUUGACUUUUUCCUUCUUGCUUCUAUUAGAUUAAUGAAAUAACUCAACUUCUUAAGUAUUUUGCAUGAAAAUGAGCCAGUAUUGUAACCAACAUUUGAAUCUGGUUUUUUUUUAAGUUAUGACUUUUUUAUAGUAAGUAUGCUAGUACAUGAAUAAAAUCAAUCAAAAGAAAUCAGUGAUCAACUCUGUAAAGUCCUAGCACUGCUUACAAUCCCCCUACCCAACCUGGACUUUUAUAUGUUGCAGAUUUUCGAGUGACUUUUUUGUGCCUCAGCCCUCUGCUUCUAAGCUUGAGUACCAUUAGUACCUAAAAUCACAAGGCAUAACAUGGGAGAGGUGCAGAAAACCACUUCCCAAAUUUCUUCAUGAUGGGGGUUAGAUCCUAAACGUGAAUUUUUUUUUUCUUUUUAGUGCAUUUGAGCAAUAGUGAGACAUUUUUGCACGUUCUAGUUAAAAUAGCAAAGUAGUGUUUCUGGUUUUUGCCAUUUGAUUUCUUGAACACAAUAACUCAACUCCAAAAGGAAUCCAGGUAAAAGGAAGUUUCUGAUAUUACUGCGGUUUAUAUUAACUUAAUUUUUCAAUGCAGGAUCUUAUGUAGGUGAGGUGAAACAGUUGUUAAAUACCAUGUGUAAACUAAUGAGUGGUCUCUAACUCUGUACAUCAACUUGUAGCAGGUAUGUACACUGGAAUGAAAAGACCCUCAGGGGACAGUCAAACAAAAUGUUCCUCCUCAUCAAAGGAAAGGAAAUAAAUCUUGAAGAUUGUAAUGUUGCUUAGAGUACAUACCUUUUAAGUAGAGCAUUAGUUGUGUUAAGGCUCUCUGAUAGUUUAAGAUAAUUUACUGUCUAUGUAAUUUUACAUGAGGGAAAACUCCUGUUACUGUAGGUAGUUAAGCCUCUACAGCUUUUCUAACCUGUCCUCAUUUUGUUAUGUAUCUUGACACAGUCAUAAAAGAAAACAUUUGUUUGCCCUAGAAAAUAACAAGACAUAGGACAAUUAUAAUCUUCAUAGAGACAAACAUUAUUUAUAAAUACUUGAAAAUUUACAGGCCUGUUUCAAUUAUGUUCAACCUGUUUUCCAGACCAAAAUGCUUCCAGAUUGUGUGUGAAAGUGAAUUUAUCCAUGUUGUGUAUGUUCACCAGUGGCAUUUACCACAAAAUAAAGGAGCCUCCACAGGGAAAAUAGAACGGUGUGCAUUUGUUCAGCCUCUGGGAUGUGCUCCUCCUGGGAGUGCUAUCUGAAAUGAUCUUGUUGCAAGAUGUGCCUCUGUUCUAAGGAAGACUAGCCAGAUUGGACAGGAUGAAUGGUUUUCUUGUAGGACUCCACAGCAGAGUUCAGAGUAUUAGAGAUGGUGUUUGGGGAGGGUUUUGAAAUAACCAAAACCAGUUCAGCAUCAAGUAGCUUUUCACCCUAGGUGUUGCUUGAAGAUUUUGUGGGAAACUCCUUGGCACAUUCAUUUCCCAAGUGAGGAAUGGUGGUGUUGAUUCUUAGGGCUUCUGACAGCUAAGUGGCAUCACGACCCUGGGGGCUCAUUUUCCAUAAUAUGGAUAUGCCUUCUGUAUGUAACUUUACAAAGCACUGUGACAUGCUCUUGUUUUGGUAUUCAGAACCAUUUGCUGAAAUAGGUGAGUCACUUUUACUCUCACAUGAGGACACAAUCUUAUUAAAGGGAAGUAACUGAUCUCAAUUAAAA